CACUGCGGUGUCGUUUAGACAUUAGUAAAUACUAACCACUCGAGUAUUGACCCCAGCGAUAUUUUUCUUUCUCCCGGUAAAGAAUGGACUCGUCUUUUUCUCGAAGAUCAGAUUGCUACCGCACAGACAAAGAGAAGAGCCACCUCCAGAAGUUCGUAUCGAGAGUACUUUCACCAGCAAUUCGGGGGCAAAAUUGUCCAAUAUGUUUAAACCCUCUCGCCGAUCGCAGAGCUGCGGUGCUUACAGAUUGUAGCCACGCUUACUGUUUGAAUUGCAUCAGCAAGUGGAGCAGUUUGAAGCGGAGCUGCCCUCUCUGCAACGCGCCGUUUCAUUCCUGGUUCUACAAAAUCAACCUCUCCACUCGAAACUUCCUCCAACAGCGAUUACUGCCUCUUUACAAGGGCAAAACUGUCACUUCUCAAACUCACUUCAGAUCAAGGGAUGAAUUUAUCGGCGGUAGGCAAGGAGCUAGACAAUUGCCAUGGAGACGAUCGUUUGGACGGCCAGGAACGGUGCCUGACCACGCCAUCGCUAAUAGAAAACUUCAAUGGCGUUCCAGCGUGUAUAACCAACGCUUGCAAGCUGUGCCUUUGUCUCCUAGGAAAUGCAUUCACCAGAAUGUUGUAGUGAAUAAAUUUGUGAAAGAAAGAAUGCUGCAGAGAAUAGAACCUUGGAUCCAAAGGGAGCUCACUGCUAUCCUUGGAGACCCAGAUCCAUCCAUUAUUGUUCAUGUGGCCUCCUCACUUUAUAUUGGAAGCCUAGAAGGAAAGCUUAAUCCUCCUUCAAGACUGCUUGGUGUUAAACACGACUUUUUAGCACCCUUGCAACGUUUUUUGCACAACCAGACUGCCAUGUUCUGGCAUGAAUUGAGAUGUUUUGCAGAGAGUUCAUUUACAAUGGAAACAUAUGAUUUAGUGGUUGAAUAUAAAGAGUUGGCUUAAGUGCUGCAGGAUAAUGUUUCCCUGAUUUGUUGGCAGCACGAGCUUGUUUAUUGAGGAUGAGCCGAGUCUUAUGGAGCAAAGAUGUCACCUUUGAUUCAAAACUCAAGAGUUGCAACCAGGAGCUCUUUACUGAACAUAGUGGUUAUGUCAGAGGGUAGCAGGGAUUUAUCUCAUCAUGAGUAUACAGGAGGUUAAUCUGUCUGCCGAGAAAAAGAAAUCAAACUCUUAAUCAGGCUUCAUGAGAUGCAGUGAUGGAAUAGUGUGAGAAGUAUAUGCAGCUGCAUUGACAUCAACAGAUGCAGUCAAAUAACCGAAAAUUCCUGGAUGACCCUAAUCACGGAGAUCGUCAUGAUUUUUUUUCAUGUGUACCAGUUUGGUUUGUCAUUACCAUACGAUUGUUUAUGCAUUUUCUCUUGUAGCCGAAGAGCUGAAAUACAACCAACUUUCAAUUAAAAUCAA